UGUUGAAGUUGGGGUAUAACUCCCAUGAACUUUCGCCAUGAGCGAAGCAUGCGAAGCCGCCGACGCUGCCAAAGAUGUGGCGAUGGAAACGGUGGACGAUGAUGAAAAGACAGAUGAAGACGAAGUGUUGCACGAAUGUGAUGUCUACUUGAAUCGCAUGUACGAUCCUCCCGAUUUCGUGGGCGACAUGUACCUGCUGCAGUAUCCCCUGCGGCCCAGCUAUCGACCCUAUGGAGAUCAAGGCUACCUGGAUCGGGUGGAAUUGAAACCCAAGUCCCGAAGGCUGCGCUUCGUGUACAAAUUGAAUCAGAAUGAACACUACGCGGAGGAGGAUGUCCACGAUGAGAAGUACGAGCAGCGGCAUACUUUGAGCUCCACAGUGGUGGCCAAUCCCGCGUGCAGCUACGCCAUCGGCGUAAUCCGCCAAGGGCGCUUGACCUUGACGCCCGUGCGGGCGGUGAACCAGUUGCGUCCUGACUUUGAAGAUUUCGAGAAGUUGUGCAAGCAGAUUGCCUCCACGCCCGGCUUGAGCGACGUUGGCGACGCCAAGGGCGACGAGAAAAAGGGCGACGCCAACUCGGAGAGUGGCGGGGAGGAGCCGUCGGAGAUGAUCGAUUUCAACCCGGUGCGGGUGGAAUACCACGCGAAGGGAGAGAAGGAAGUUAUCGCUCAGCCCGAUGUGGGAGACGUUUGGAAGAGGUUGGAUUUCUUCGAUCAAACCUCUCCAGAAGCUUCGGAUAUUUACCUGCAACACAUUGUCUUUGCUGCGAAUGAAGCAUCAGAAGCAGAGAAGCAGGGGUUGACAUCUCAAGAUCCCAAGUUGCAAGACUUGGAUCUUGAUGGUGAUCACAUCAGCUACGUCCGUGGGCUCUGUGGCCAGGCGGAGACCCGGAACAAGUUGCGGCUGCUGCGACAGAAGGCGCAUCAAGCGCAGAACUCGGGGCUGUCGUCAUAUGUACUCAGCAAGAUGCCAGCGGAGCGACAGGUGGAAUCCAUUCUUCGCCACUAUGGUGUGAUCUCCUUCCCGAACUUGCGCAAGAGGCUGCCGGUGGCCAGCUUCCGCAGCAUCUCGGAGGAUGCCUUGAUCGACAUGCUGCGGUCCUGUGACUUGGCAUAG